UGCGUGGAUCGAUGGUGCCAUGUCUUAUUUUGAUGCCGCACACCGGAACAGAUGUUUGCUGUAACCGCUUCUACUUAGUUUGCUGGCUGGGUAUCGAUAGUCGGUGCACCUUGUCGCGUCGGUCCCCUCAGCGCGGCUGGAGAGGACUCUGAUGCCCCGUGACUGGACCGAGACACCGCCGGGCUCCCGCGUCUUCCCCACAUCCAGUUUCUGGACUGCUGAAAGCUCCACAGCCAGACUCCCGUAGCUUCUUUUUUUAUUUUUUAUUACCAAGGUGAGGAAGAGCGGCAGGAGGAGGCGGAGAGGAGAGAGACAGACAGCAACAGCAGCAGCAGGAUCUUGGCGCAUUGGAGUUUAUGGAUUAUUGAGAAACGCGGAUCAAAUAUUCAUAAGGAUUUUUUUUUUUUUUAAAAGAGGGAAAACACAAGGUGGGGUAGUGUGAGAGAUUCCCUGCAGUGAUUCACCAGCAGGAGCACCGCUGAUUUUUCAUCCAGCGUGUGCGCUCAGCGUGUUGGCGUGUGUGUGUGUGUUUGGAAAGGAGCCCCCCCUGCUGCAGCACUUUCCUGCCGCACGGACGGAGUGAUGCCACCGAGUUGCUGACGGACACCCGGCAGGUUCUCCGCACCCCGCCUCCCUUUCCUCCCCUCCUCCCGCACGGACGGACGCAUCGACCCCCUGCGAUCCCCACUAAUAUGCAAUGGUUUUUUGUGCAGAAGCAGACAGCUGCCGCGUACAGCCGACUUCACGCUAGCGCCGCCGCAUGCCUGACCGUCGCCGCCGCUCCUCUCCCCGCGCCGCGCGGCAGACGACGCCAUCUGAAGAGAAGCGCUCCGGGGCUUUUCGCGCCGCGGCGGCCGCGCGGCACCAGCAGCAGCAGUAGCGACCCUUCCUCCGCAGCUGAGGACCACCGGCCGCUGGGGCAGCAGGAGACGGAGGAGACAUCCGCCGCAGCGGUUGCGCUUUUCCAACCGCACGGGGGCGACGUCGACGCGGAAUACUUGCGGCUGGUGGUCUUCGAGCUUGCGGGGAAAGCGGGCGAGAAUCCGGGCGAAGAGCUGGGCUUCCUGCUCUUACUUUUGUCUAUGGUGCAGAUCGGGGGCGCGCCGCACCGCCGAACUGAGCCCGACAGCUGGCCGGUUCUGCUGGCAUGCAAACAGGGGGGAGUAUCAGCCCCCAUGCGGUGGGUGAAUUUUAGGCUGCCGCAUCCGGAGCGUUUCUCCUCUUCCUUCUCUUCUUCUUCCUCCUCCUCUUCCUCCUCCCCCGUCUCGGCCAAAUCCAUGCGGUUUAUUUGGAACAACAUUUUCAGCAAAGGAUCGCAUAUGCUGCAGUGUCUUUGUGGCAGGAGCCUCAAGAAAACCAAGAACCCAACUGAACCACAGCUGAAGGGCAUAGUGACCCGGUUGUUCUGCAGGCAAGGCUUCUAUCUCCAGAUGGGCCAGGAUGGAAGUCUGGACGGGACCAAAGAUGACACCACCAACUCCUCUCUCUUCAACCUAAUUCCUGUGGGUCUGAGAGUCGUGGCCAUCCAAUCAGUCAAGACCGGACUCUACAUCGCCAUGAACGGAGAGGGUCACCUUUACUCCUCGGAACUGUUUACACCUGAAUGCAAGUUUAAAGAGUCGGUGUUUGAGAACUACUACGUGAUCUACAGCUCCAUGCUGUACAGACAGAAGGAGUCGGGCCGGGCGUGGUUUCUGGGCCUCAACAAAGAGGGACAGAUCAUGAAAGGCAACAGGGUGAAAAAGACUAAACCAGCUGCACACUUCCUGCCUAAGCCCAUAGAAGUUGCGAUGUACCGUGAGCCGUCAUUGCACGAUGUAGGAGAGGCGGUGCCUAAACUCGCAGGGGGCCCGCCUUCUAAAAGCACAACCUGCGAUCCCGUGGUCAUGAAUGGCGGCAAACCAGUCAGCAAACCCAGUAAGGAGGAGACAUAACCCCACCUCUCAUUUUUAGCCUCCCUGCCUGCCUGGCUGGCCGACUGACUGGACGCCAGGAACCACCACAGACUUGCCCUGCUGCUGCGCUCUCAAAAAACAGACAAAAAAAAAAGAAAAACACGCAAGAAAAGGUAACAAACAAACAGCUAUAAGCUAUGACUGGACAGCGACAGGGGCUGGACGUCCUGCCUCACCUCAGCCAACUGGACACUGGUGUGGGGCGGCACCAGGGGGACAGCGCUCCUGUUAAAAAGGCUGCUGAACUGGGUGAACUGGGACAGUGGCGUACGAUCUCAGUUAAAGGACAAAAAAAAAAAAGUCCGUGGUCACUUAUUUAUUUAUUUACUUAUUCAUUUAUCAAGGCUCCUGCUUUCCUCUGCUGAUAGUUUUCUGUUGCUUGCUUGCUCCAGGCCGCAGACACACAUCCACACAAACUCCACUCCACUCCAAAUCGACCGCUUGGAUUCGAUCUUUAAAUACAUUAAAAGCAUCAGCAAACAAAGGAGAAAGACCGUUUUAAAUACCAAACAGUGAUGAUUCAGGGGAAAGCUUAGUCAUCAAUCACUUAGGAUUUGGAACAGGAUGUUCUGUACUUAAACUACAUCAAAAAGCAUCAAGAAGCAGCACAUUGCAUAUGGUGAACUUGCCAUUCACCAUCUCCCUUACUACACGUCUCAUCAAGAAGACACGAAACUAGUUCAGAGUAGACAAAACAAGUCUUCGCAUGAAGAUGAUUUAUAAUGAAUUCCCAAUUUGUAGCAGCAAGGUGUGUAUCUGAAGUUUGCAGGUGCUGCAGCACCUUGGUAGCAGUCUGUGUUUACAUAGGGUAGCAGAUUUAGAUUAACAUGAUCAAACGGUGUCCUUGGCCAGGAGGACUUUUGUAGACUUUUUCCUUUACUUGUUGCCUUCCCAAGUACUUGAAAACAAAAGAAGAAACAGGGUAUUUGAACGUGGAAAGAGCCUGUGUUACUGGGACCACUAUUAUCCAGGUUGAUAGUCCAGGAUUUUUAGAGUUUAACUAUAUGACGUUGAAAUGAAUUUAAAGGUCCUAAAGUGUUAUCAGCUGAUACCCAUGAAGUAGCAUUUAUAAGACGUUCUCCGACUGUUACUACUGAUUCAGUUUUUACUUGUAGAUUCUUAAAACUGAGCUUACGUUCUGCUUUUAGCAGUUUUCAGAUUGUUUCGACUUGUUUGUCCUGUCGUCGCUUUGCCAUUUUGUACCUCCGUUUCAUACCGACCUCUUCCCGUAUCAAAAUAGUUGUCAUAUAUUAUGAAUCCCUUUGGCCUGCUUUAAUCCUCACAUUUAGUUUGCUAUUUACAAUUAAAACCUCACAAAUUAAAAUUAAGAAGGUUUUUUUUUUUUUAAAAAAAAUACAUUAUUCUUUAGCUAUGUCCCUGUAUUCAUCUAAAAUUAGUGAAAAGACUUUUCAGAUUUUUCCUGUCAUAUUUAUAGUGCAAAAAAUCUUAUUAAAUUUGGAAACCGAUGAAAUGUUUCAAUUUGUGAUUAUGAUUUUAGAAAAAUCUAUUAUUUGGGAUUGGCUAAAAACUCUUUACAGUAAAAGAAAAACCACCACUUUAAACAACAACAAUAAAAAAACAUUUUAAAUGAUUUUGAGUCCUGAAUUAAAAAAUAAUAAAUUAUUCAUUUAUGCUUCUGAAAUCAUCUGCAGUUUAUGUGACUUCACUCUUCAGAUAUUUAACCUUCAGUUCAGGGUUAAACAUAAGUCAAAAACUGCUGAAUUAUUGUAAUUGAAUCCUACUUUAUUCAUUGACUUCUUUACACAUUCAUAUUAAUAGAAAAAGCAAUAUUAAAUCUUAAGUUCUAUUUUUAUUCAAUUAUGCAUCAUAAUCAUCUAUAAUUGGUGUUUUUUCAAGCAGAGGAGUUGAAAAAUUAGCUUUUUUUCAAUUCUUACAAAUAUUAUCUCACAAAAAUGCCCAGAAGACGAGAUUCAAAAUGUGUAAAAGGUGGUAAAAAUGUUGGUUGUCAGGUGUAGUAUGAAACAUGGUAGGAAAUGGUGAAGGGACGAGCUGACCUCGAGCCUUUAGAUGAGACUGUGAAUGAAAAGGAAAACAGCUGUGGAGCACAAGACACUUUUUUUGGAUUUUCCCUCGUUUCUUUUUAAGUUGUAUCCUUUGAAGAAGGUUGAAGACAAACUCCGUCUACAGGACUUAGUGCUUCUGAUGGGGUUGAAGUAGUUUGAUUACACUAUUUAUAUCUUAUUUUGAAAAGCAAAAAAAAAAAAAGACAUGGAGCAGAAGUGCCACAUUGAAA